AGAUGACAAUCGGAACAAGGAAGGCAGGCGUGUCCGUCUGGUCUGCCAUAGCUCCGGAUGAGGUGGAUCCAGACCUUCGACCGUGUGAUGGAUGAACACAGGAGGAACUUGGAUCAGUUGGAACGAUCUUUCAGAUAUCGCUCAGUGCCCACGUUGGCAUCGGAUGGCUCUAUGGCUUGGAUGUGCUGGGAACGUCAUCCUGCUGGCAGCUGUGAUCGCGCUUGGUGUUUGGGGUCAGACUGGAAGACAGAGAACAACAAAUGGAACUGAAUGUAAUUCCAGCCUGAAGGAUUCCCAGUCUUGGUUGAAUCAAAGUUUGUAUCCAAAGCCAGACAACAACUCAACAGAGGGCUGUGGGUGUAAACUGUGCCCCGCUGACUGGCUGCCACACAGGAACAAGUGCUACUGGGUCUCUAAAGAAAGUAAAACAUGGAAUGAGAGUCGUGAGGACUGCUCAGCGAAGAGCUCUCAAAUGCUCGUGAUCCAAGACGAGGAGGAGAUGGCGUAUGUACUGAGUAUUCCACAACUGAACCUGGUCUGGCUUGGACUCAGUGUUACAUCCCCAGAGAGGAAAUGGACCUGGGUGGACGGCUCCACGUUCAAUGAAACACUGUGA